GAAACAAAAGGCAGAAAAAAGAGGAAGCCCUAUACUCGUUAUCAAACUAUGGUCUUGGAAAAUGAAUUUUUAAGCAGCUCAUAUAUAACUCGGCAAAAACGUUGGGAGAUAUCGUGCAAACUUCAGUUAUCCGAGAGACAAGUUAAAGUGUGGUUUCAGAAUCGUCGCAUGAAACGAAAGAAGUUAACGGAAAGAACGAAAGCCCGACAUGGCGAUGAU